UCCUUCACCAAUCCCAUCAUCUAUCAAGACCUGCCGGACAACGAUGUCUUCUAUGGCCCGGAUGGAUACUUUUACCUCUCUGCAUCCAACUUUCACUUCUCACCUGGCGCUCCCAUCUACCGCUCGCAAGAUCUCCAGAACUGGGAAGCCGUCGGCCAUUCGAUUCCCACACUAGACUUCGGUGACAACUACUCACUGAUCGGCAGCCAAGCCUACCGCAGGGGCACCUGGGCAUCAUCGAUGCGCUACCGCAAGAGCAACAAGACCUGGUACUGGAUCGGCUGCAUCGACUUCUGGAACUCGUUUAUAUACACCGCGCCAUCGCCAUCGGGACCAUGGACCAGGAGCGCCAGUCUCUGGGAGCGAUGCUACUACGACUGCGGCCUCUUCAUUGACGACGACGACACCAUGUACGUCGUGCACGGAAGCAACAAUGUCAACGUCACACAGCUGGCCCCGUCGGGGCUGAGCGAGGUCAAGACGACGGUCAUGGCCUCCAACCCGCCAGGCUUCGACGGCAUGGAGGGCAAUCGCAUGUACAAGCGCAAUGGGGUCUAUUACAUCCUCAACGACAGUGGUAGCGCCCAGAUCACAUGGAUUUGGCGGUCCGACUCGCCCACGGGGCCCUGGACAUCCAAGGUCCUACAGCAAUACAGUGGCGGGCCCCUGGGCGGUGGUGGCACGCCACACCAGGGCAGUCUGGUGCAGACUCCGCUGGGAGACUGGUACUUUGUGUCGUUCACCUGGGACUUCCCUCUCGGUCGGGUCCCCGUCAUUGCUCCCGUCACCUGGGGCAGCGACGGCUGGCCGGUCCUGGGUCUGGUGUCGGGCAAAUGGAACCAGACGUACCCCAACCCCCUCGAGCAGGUCCCCACGGCACCGUGGACCGGGACUGACACGUUCACCGGCACGGCUCUCAGCCCGCGCUGGGAGUGGAACCAUAACCCGGACACGACCAAGUUCACGGUUCUUGGCAAUGGUGGUGUCACGCUGUCAGCAGCCACAGUCACCGACGACCUGUACCGUGCGCGCAACACGCUGACGCACCGUCUGCAGGGCGGCGCGCCGGUGGCCACCAUCCAGCUUGACACGAGCAAUCUUGGGGACGGCGACCGCGCCGGCCUCGCCUGCUUCCGCGACUUGACCGCGUACAUCGGCGUGGCCCGCAAGGGCAGCUCUUACUCCGUGGUGGUGCGCCACAACAUGACCCUGUCCAGUGCAGACUGGACCACCACCAGCAUCGGCGCGGACGUGGCCUCUGCUCCCGUCCCCAGGGGCCGCAUCUGGCUCCGCGGGCUGGCUGACGCACUCGGCAACAGCACGAAGCAGGUCAGAUUCUCUUACAGCCUUGAUGGGAGGACCUUCUCGCCCUUGAGCGGGGCGUAUCCACUCAACACCGACUGGGCCCUGUUUAUGGGGUACCGCUGGGGCAUUUUCAAUCUCGCCACCAAGGCGCUUGGCGGCAGCGUCAAACUCAUCUCGUUUACC